GUGGUGAAAGUGGCUAAUGCGAGCACUCGGGCAACGGCGCGAGACGAGCGCGGGCGAUUGUGUUAGCGAGCCCGACGUGGCGGAAGAAAGGAAACAUAUUGCUGCCUUUUUCAUCACAGCAAAUAUAUUUACAUUAUAUUCCAUGAAACUAUUGUGAUAAAAUAAAAUAUGUCAAUCGAAUAAUUACCUCAGAAGGAUUUAUUGUUGCAGUGUCAUGUUUGAUGUUUAGUGUUUUUAUUUUUUUUGCCAAUGUGCGUCCGAUUACCUCGCUCUUUAGGAACAUAUAGAUUUGACAGUUAUUUUUUUAUAAUUAAAAAUAUGCAAAACUUCCGCGGGAGACGAGGUAGAUAGUCGAAAGGAUGGCGGGUCUCGGAGACAGAAGUACCGGGCCAGCGAGUUUGGAAUAUAUGGAGGAUCCUUACUUUGUGCCACCUGAUGAUGAUUCCACUCCUAGCUUCGAUGUCGCAGUAGAUGAAUUGGAUGAAUUAGAAGAAAUUGUGAACUGGACCCCUGACGAUGCGGAAGCCGAAUGGCGUUCGUUGCCAGAACUAGCCGAAUCUGCCUUAUGUAUAGAAACAGAAUUUUACAUGGACAAUCGUCGCCGUCGACUUCGUAUAUUUAGGAAAAAAAUGCGUGAAGUCCGAGUAACUUUUCAAGAUUUAACAAAACCGUAUCUUGCCAAAGUGUCCAGCCACACAAAUUACAAAAAGUUUUUAGGAAUAACUCCAGGAGCUGAAGAAGCAAUGCCGGGCAGCGGCGCAGGCGACGCGCACGUCGUCGAUGAGCUGGCCGGGCUGACGCCAGAACAAGCGGAGCAGCUGAAAGCCGAGUGGAGUCGCGAGCUGGCCAGGGUCGAAGACGAGAUCGCGACACUCCGCACCGUGCUGCAGAGCAAAAUUCGCCAAAGUUCUGAGCUGAAACGGAAGCUUGGCAUCACCGUGUGGAAGGAGAUCACCGAGGACGUCAAUCAGGGAUUGAAAAACGUUAAAGAGAGCCAAGUAUACCAAAAAACUGAAUCUGUGAUAAAGUCGACGGCGGAGAAGACGACCUCGAUCCUGGGCGGGCUGACGGCCGGCGUCUCGCAGAAGAUCGGCCAGAUGCGCAACUCCGACUCGUUCCGCUCCAUCGAGGAGCGCGUCGGCUACGCGUAUGAAAACGUUAAGGGUAAAGUAUCGUCCAGAUCGAACUCGACGCAGAGCUUCGACGAGGCGCUGCGCGACGCGAGCCGCGGCGCGAGCGGCGCCACCUCGCCCACUAUCCCCGAGAACAAGCCGCUGCCUUAAUGCGUACACCCCCCACCCCCACACCCCCCACACCCCCACAACACAUCACGCGACACGAUAUUCUAAUAAAAUUAUAACACACAUUCGUUUUAUUUCUACGUAAUAAUGACAGAUUUUGUUUUUAUAAUUUUUAACCUAUUUUUUCUUACCAUAAAUGAGGGACAGCCGAGUCCCGAUUUCGACAUGCAAUUUUACCUAGAUAUUUUUUCUCUGGAACUUCUAGGUUAAAUGAACUGACAGGGACUUCUUUAUAAUAAUUAACGCAGCACUAUAAACCCCACAAUAAUUAUGUUAUAUGUAAGAUUAUUGUGCCCCGGGUCUUAUGAAAAGUGUCUAGUAUAAAAUUUAAAAGUACUUAAUCUGUCAUGUGACACGUCUUGUCGCGGCGUGGGGUUCGGACGGGCGCGCCUUGGAUUAAAUUGGGAGUGUAAUCUGUUUCUUUCGUGAUGUGUAAUCUUGCAUUCCGACUAAUAUUUAUUGAAAUCGUUAUAAUCUGUGUAUAUGCGAGAAAACAACGUAAAGAAGAAGCAGGAUCGAGGCACGGUGUCCACACUUGAAAGCUUUGCAAAAAAAUUUUAUAUACUC